AUGUCUGUGUCCUCUUGCAGAAAGUUCUACUACAUCACGCUGCUGAGGGACCCGGUGUCGCGCUACCUGAGCGAGUGGAGGCACGUGCAGCGGGGGGCCACCUGGAAGACCUCCCUGCACAUGUGCGACGGCCGGACCCCCACCCCCGAGGAGCUGCCGUCCUGCUACGAGGGCUCCGACUGGUCCGGGUGCACGCUGCAGCAGUUCAUGGACUGCCCUUACAACCUGGCCAACAACAGACAGGUGCGCAUGCUAGCCGACCUGAGCCUGGUGGGCUGCUACAACAUGUCCACGGUGCCGGAGAAGAAGCGCGCUCAGCUGCUCCUGGAGUCGGCUAAGAAGAACCUCCGGGACAUGGCCUUCUUCGGGCUCACGGAGUACCAGAGGAAGACCCAGUUCCUGUUCGAGCGCACCUUCAGGUUGCGCUUCAUCAGGCCCUUCAUGCAGUACAACAGCACCAGGGCGGCCGGCGUGGACCUGGACAACGCCACGAUCCAGCGCAUCGAGGAACUGAACGAACUGGACAUGGAGCUGUACGACUACGCCCGGGACCUGUUCCAGCAGCGAUACCAGUUCACCCGGCAGCAGGAGCGGCGGCAGCAGCGCAUCAAGCACCACCUGCAGUCGCACCAGGGCCUGGGGCUGGGCGUGAGUCUGUGGCCCUCCUCCCAGGACAACGACGUCAGUACAGCCGUCAGCGCCGCCGCCGCCGCAGGGGAGGAGGGGGCCAGGGAGCGGCCGGAGGAGGCAGCGGCGGCGGCGGGCUCUAGCAGACUGCCCACCGAAGACUACAUGAACCAGAUUGUAAACCGCUGGUAG